AUAUUUUAACGCUCUCGUUUUGUAAUUUGGCUUUUCUUAAUUUUUUAUAAUAAUGCUUGGAAUAAAGAUUAAUAGAAUAAAUUAAUAUAUGACUAUACAAUAUGUUUGCAACAAAGCUAUGUACAAAACACUAGAUGUAGGUGAUUUCUUUGGUUUCAAUUGAGUCUAUCCAUUCGUCUUCAAAUCUGCUUUGUAUAUACAAGUGUUUGCUAGCAAUCAGUAAGGCGAGACAAAGGCAAAGCUAGUCGAUUUCUAGUUUGAACUUUGUUCAGCUAUUCUUUUUUGACACAUCUUUUGACUACAAGUGUUGAAAAGUCUUCCUAUGACUUAGUUACGAUUACUUCAAUUAAUUACUUACACCAAAAUAACAAGCUUGGACGUUUAUUUUUACUUGAUGCGCUUUAUUUGGUAGGAAUUUGAUGUUUAGGUAAGUUUCUAACGAAAAUUAUGACCGAAACCUCUAUGCCUUCUUCAGGAAUUACUGAGCAUGUCUUAAAUGGAGGUUAUGUAAGAGCGAGAAAUUAUCUGCGUGAUGAUGCUUCUAAUCUUUCGAAUGGUGCUACCAAGAACGCAUCUAUAAGAUCCCAUACACAAAAUGGAAGAACAGCAAAACGAAGAACAAAAGGAAUGAAACGAGAGCAUAGGAUGAAUAAUAAUCUCUUUCGAAAUGCCUUCUUUUACUGCAUUUAUUUUCUUCGCCUUCUCGGAUGGAUGCUAUGGAGAAGCUACUUGGUUUCAAGAUACUUGGUUAUCUAUCAUAAAGGGAUUACUUUUACUGUCAUUCUGUUUUUGAUGCUUCCGUUUCUUCUUCUGACUCAGGAUUAUGAAGCUAUCCGACUUAGGAUCAUCCACUGGGUUAUUGAUUAUGCUCGUCGUUUUGCUGCCAUAUGGAAGCCUGUCCCUCAAGCUCCUAAUUCUACUUUUUCAAAAGAACCUGUGAAUAUCUCUCACUCUGUGUAUGCUGAUUACCCAAAAUUGCAUCAGUUACUAUGCACUGCUAUUUCUUUUCCUUUUCUUCUCCAGCCAUUUGAUACGUUAAUUAAGAGCUUUACGGGACUUUACAACAAAUCGAAUGACUUAAGAUUUGAAGACCUUUCAGAAAUGUACACUGUUAUUGUCCUAAACACCAGAGCUUUAGAGCACAAUCAGAAUCUUUUAUGUGCGAUGGAUGUUUUGAACUUGGAAAAUCCAGAUUCGAGUUCGUUAAAGGCCAAUACUCAAGCAUUGUACCAAAAAGUUAAUUCUUUACAUCACUGUACAAGGAUGGUUAAUGAUAUGGCACUCUAUGUGAAUUACAUUGAGCCGUAUAACAUGCUUUAUCAUGCUAUAGUACUGAAAGAUUUACAAGUGGAAUUUUUACCUAUAAUAUUCAACUAUACCUGUCUAUUGCAAGAUAUUAGCAGCAUUCAAAAUGUACUAUUAGACCUAGUAUAUCCUAAGGGAAUAGCAGCUAUGGAAAGAGAGAUUAAAAAUGUUUCGACCACUCUAAAGGAAAACAACGAAACUAAGCAUUUUGAGAAUCCGCCGUUUGUCACUACCGAUUUUGUUUCUCAUGAUGCCCUGACUAACCUUACCAAAGAGUUGGAAGACGCUCGAAAAGAUAUACUACAAAACUUUGUAUCUAUCUCAUUGAAUAAUUCUUUCGAGCAACUGAGAGAUUUAUCAAAAAGCUAUUCACAACAAACAUUGAAUCGCUUAAAAAGUUCUAUAGCUAGUCAACCAAACUUCGCCCUAAAAGCUGUGGGAGCGUGUAUUGAUUAUGCAUGGACAUUUCCAAAACCAUCUAUUUCCGAGCUUUUCAAAGAGUACUGGAAAAAAUCAACAAACGUACCUGCUGUAUUAUUACAUGACAAUAUCAGCGGCUCUUGGUGUUCCACGGGAUCCCUUGUACAAUUUGCAAUAGAAGUUUCAAGGCCUAUAUAUAUCUCUCAGAUCUCUUUGUUACAGCCUGUUCAUGGAGAUGAUUCCAAGUUUCCUGAAAAGCUGCGAAUCUUUGGAUUACUGGAUAAACAUACCAAUGCUAAUGAUACAUUGCGAAACCAGGAAUCUCUUCUACUACUCGGAGAAAUACCAAUUCCUCCAAUGUUAUCCACCAUUGCAACAGUGUUCCAAGUAUCUGACUACUCUGAAAACCCAGAACUCAUAAGCCGUUUGUAUUAUAAAAGCUUUGUUAUACAAGCAACUUCAUCUAAAGAACUAUCUGACUCUCUUUGUUUGUACCAUAUUGGCGUUCAUGGAAAGGAAGCAUUCCUAUAAAAGCCCAAGACAAUCCUUUGACCAUUUCUACACACUUUUUAUAUUUUUUAGGCUCCAUGAAAUGCUUAAUGCUAGUAUAUGCUUCAUGCUUCUUCCUGAAUGCCCGGUGAUUUUGCAUUCUUUUCAAUUUUUCGUUACUAAUACGCAUCCAUUCCAGUAAAAGCUUCCUUUAUCUUUUAGAUUAUUUAUAGAAGAACUAGUAAUUAUUAUGAAUAUAAUUAAUUUUUACGCCCGA